AAAAAAAUAUAAAAAACCCUGCUGUUGGACAUCUUCUGGACUCAAACUUAAUUCGAAGCAGUUUUAAAGGUUCCCUUGUUGCUGCUGCCUGAGUCUGAUUGGGAACUGAUGUGUGUCAUGGGGAUAUGGUGAGGCGAUGUGUACAAGCUUGUAUGAGAGAAGAUGUCCUGCCAUCAGUGGAGGAACAGGAAGAGGGUCAAGUGAAGGGCUGGAUAUCUACUCAUGGCUGUGUAUAUCACUCCUGUUCUCUGCUUUGUGGGGUCAAGCAACCCCUCAGUGCCCGGACAGCUGCCACUGUGCCUGGGACACGGCCACCGUUCUGUGUUCAGAUGCGGGGCUGCGAGAGAUCCCAGAAGGGAUCCCACCAGAGACUGUUUUCCUACACCUGGAGCGCAACUACAUCCGGAACAUCCCAGAGGGUGCCUUCAGCCACUUGGUUCACCUGCAGGACCUCUACUUGUCUCACAACCGCAUUGACUCUCUCUCCUCAGGGGCUCUGCGGCAUCUGGGACCCGACCUGCGGUUGCUGGACCUUUCCCAUAACCAGCUGAGGCAGGCCAGUAGGGAGGAUUUUGGAUCCACUCGUGCCAAAACACGGCUUUACCACAAUCCCUGGCACUGUGACUGCACCUUGCAGGAGCUGAUGGAGACUCUGUACCUUGAACCUGAGACUGUGAACGGGAUCAUCUGCGAGAGCUCAGUGCGGGGUGUAGGUGAGGGGGGGCGGUGGGAGGACCCGGGGUCACCAGGGGAGCAUGCAGGUCAGCCGUUGGUCAAACUGCUGGAUUCAGGGGUAAACUUCUGCAGCCUGCAGAGGAAAACCACAGAUGUAGCCAUGCUGGUAACCAUGUUUGUGUGGUUCUUCAUGGUCAUCGUGUAUGUUGUGUACUAUGUUCGACAGAACCAGGCCGAGGCCCGCAGACAUUUGGAAUAUUUGAAGAGUCUACCCAGCCCACAUAAGAUCCCUACAGAGACAGACACUCUGAGCACUGGUUUCUGAGCAAAUGUUUACGCUCAGUAAUGCCAUCUUUAUGGAACGGGACUCUGAAACCCAUAGAGGGAUUCACACGUGGAGGAAAAUAAUCAUGCCUAAUUAUUUCUUCGAAAUAAUUAAUUUUCUUAUUGCCUUUUUUUUCCCAGUACAAAAUUAUAAGUUUUUCUUAAUUUGUAUGAUAUGCACUUAGAGAAUGGCAAUACUUUUAAAAGCGCAGCAGAAGGGAAGAUAAAACAGGUGUACGCAUAAAGAAAGACCGUUUUUGAACAUAAUAACAUUCUGCCUCCCUUUGUAGCCCCUCUGUUCUUCUACCGCCAUGUCUUGUAUACUGUGCUCUUUUAUCUUUCAUUAGGUCCUAAUUAGGCGAAGUUGACCAGCUGACCCCUAAUGAACAGUUGAAAGACACUAAUCAAUUGGAGUGUGUCUGUCAGGUGUGCAAAUUCAGAUGCAUGUCCUUUGAUUUGUCUGUAUUUAUGUGUGUGUUGGAGUUUGUGUGUUGUGCUCAGGCAUCGUCAUGGCCAUUCUUAUUUUGACAGUCCUGAUUUAGCAACCGAAACAUAUUAUUUACUUCACAUCUGUACUCAGCCUGUGGGUUAUCUAUUG